AAAAAAAAAAAAAAAAAAAAACACAACAGCAAUGUCGACGACUCUGGAUUCGACCCUACACCAGUUGUCGUCCUUCCAGUACAUUCAACAACAGCAACAACAAGGACAUCAGACCCAUACCCAUCACAAUGGCUCAAUACAUCAUGGGUCUAUCACCCCUGCUCUUAUAGACGAAUGCUGCACUAUGAUUCAUGAUAUCAAUGACUUUUGUUGUCCCACAACUGUCGAGCCCAGCACAUGCUGCGGAACUACGAAUAGCCUGACAAUUGAAUCUCUUGACUGUUGCCAUAGUCCGCAUACUCAACCUACUAUCAAUGGCUAUACCAUCCAGGAGAUCGAAUGCUGUAUCAUAGAGUCUGCAAAUCAAGAGGGUAUGGAUUCUGAAUGUUGUCAGGAUCUUGUUCAACCAGGAACAGUUGUAAGUCGACAAGCUGCAUCCACUUGUUGCACAGAGCAUCCAGAGGUCCUCAAUGACUGUUGUCAGACCUGUUGUCCAGACGCAGCUUCACCUUCGUCUGGCUCUGCAUCCGCCACAUCCACUACUCCCACACCAAUCAUAGCACAACUUCCACACUACUUCUCGACACAAUCUCUACAGUGCACACCUGUAAAUGAUUCUUGGAACAAUAGCAAUGGCUGUAAUCAUGUCGAUAAUCAUCUUCAACACAGUAGCGACAUCAACAAUCCGUACUCGACAUAUCACUUUAUAAGCAAUAAUAACAACAAUCAAAACAAUGAGAGUUACAAUAAUCAACCACAACAACCACAACAACAUUAUCAUCAUCUCAAUCAGGUGUCGACAUCGAAUAUGACCCCUUUAGGAGGUCUUGCUAAUACAACAGAAGCUACAGCCUCAGAUGACCCAAUGUCCCUAUCAUCCACUUUGAUGGAUGACGACCAAAUUGACCACAUAAUUCGUUGCCUCUGGACAGGAUGUACUGCUGAAUUUAUGUCUCAGGAUGACCUACUGCCUCACGUCUCGCAACUUCAUAUGCCGAUAGUUGGAAAUGAUCAUGCUCUCUGUCUUUGGGAGUCUUGUGAGACAGAACAACAUGAUGGAAGCCAAUUACUACAGCACCUUCGAGCAGAUCACCACAUUAUCUUACCAUUGCCUGACGUCUCGGAAUUGGAGUCUGGGCAUUCAGAGCCAAAGUCAAAGACGACAAAACUAACUCAACAGCCUAUAGAGGUCAACACCCUUAAGAUCAACGGCAACAAUAACAGCAACAACAACAACAACAACAACAACAUUAAUAGUAAUAGUAAUAAUAAUAAUGAUAAUAGUAGCAGUAACGCCAGUGGCAAUAGCAAUAACACUACUACAACUUCUACAGGUCAGGAGAAUGCGAACGAAGGAGAACAACAUCGAUGUGGUUGGAAGGGUUGUGGCCGAGUAUUCAGCAAUUUCGAUUCUUUGACGACACAUCUGAGUGAGGACCAUGUCGGAACAGGGAAAAGUGAGUAUGUUUGUGAAUGGGAGGGCUGUGAACGAAACGGCCGUGGAUUUGGUCAGAGACAAAAGGCAAUGAGGCAUAUUCAAACCCAUACAGGGGAUAAACCAUAUCAGUGCCAGCUCUGCAAAAAGCGGUUUUCGGAAGCGAACAUCAUGGCUCAGCAUAUGCGGACACAUACGGGCGAAAAGCCAUUCAAAUGUCCAGAACCAGGAUGUGGACGUGAAUUUUCAAUCUCUGGAGCACUCACGAUCCAUCGGCGUGUUCAUACGGGUGAAAAACCAUUCAAAUGCAAGUUUGAGGGCUGUGACAAGUGGUUUGCAGAAUCCUCCAACUUGACCAAGCACCUACGUGUGCACACAGGCGAACGUCCUUUCCAAUGUCCAUUUCCUGGUUGUGAGAAACGAUUCUCUAGACCGGAUCAAGUGACACGUCAUAAGCGUACGCACAUGACAGCGGCUGAGAAAGCAGCGGAAAAGAGCGCAGCUGAGGCCAUCUCGAAAGCAGGAGGAAAUAAUAAUAAAUCAGGAAAAGGACCUGCGUCCAAAGCUCAGAAAAGAGCUGCGCCGUCGUCAUUACCUAGGGAUGGUGGUGAGGAUGAGGAUGAUGAUACGGAUGAAUCUGGGCAGGAGCAUGGUCUUCUCGGGAACGCAGCAGAGGAGGAUGGAUGGUCUUCUCAAGCUUCACCCUCACCAUCAUCGCUCACGACUGACUUUGAUACAAUGCAUGCACCUCCUCGGACUGGGAGCGCGUUUCAACAGAGCAACAACGCACAUAAGCGUCUCCGGACGUGAAGAAUGGAUCUCGCUUACCUUUUAUUCUCAAUGUAUCAACAAUUUGUAUCAUAGAUGUGGAGUAGCUAUUUAUUUAUUUAUUUUAUUAUAAUAUAAUAGUCAUG